GGAAGUGUUCGAUAUAUCGUAUCUGAGAGACCGAUCGAGACUUGCAGAAAAUAAUGUCUAGGCUUUCAUAUUGGAGACUCAUCUCUUGGUAGUUCGUCCCCCAAGGCUUUUGUUUAUUGCUGAGCACAUGGCCGGAGGUAUGGGAUACAAAAAACUCAGCAAAUCCUGUAUUCUUCUCAUAGUGGUGGCCGGGGUGGAGAGGUUUGCCUUCAAGGGGGUGGCGUCAAACCUGGUAACCUAUUUAACCGAUGUAGUGAAGUUGAGCAACUCUUCGGCGGCCAAGGCCAUUAACAGCUGGUGUGGAGUUACAUCCAUGCUGCCUCUCUUGGGCGCAUUUCUUGCCGACUCAUAUUGGGAUCGUUAUUCCACCCUCUUGGCUGCUUCUUUCUUCUAUGUUGUGGGGCUCGUGGCAUUGACGUUCACAGCACUGGUGUCAUCGUCAUGGAGCAAAACAAGCUCUUCCGUAUCCCUCUUUCUCUCUCUCUAUUUGAUUUCACUUGGCCAAGGUGGAUAUAACCCAUGCCUACAAGCCUUCGCAGCAGAUCAACACGGAAACGAUGAUGAAUUGCCUUGCAGCAACAUUAAUGGCCAGAAUUCUAGCAGGAAGAGUCUGUUUUUUCAGUGGUGGUACUUUGGCAUUUGUACUGGGAGUCUCUUGGGUGUUUCUCUUAUGUCCUACAUUCAGGACACAUUGGGUUGGGGAUUGGGAUUCGCCAUCCCCACAAUCGCAAUGGCAUCAUCUGUUGUCUGUUUCUCGUGUAGUGGAACCCGAUUCUUCAUUCAUAAGCAGCCGAAUGAUGGAGAAAGAACCAUAAUAUGCAUCAUUCAAUCUAUCAAAGCAACUGCAUCAAAGAUAGUGAUGAAUGGUAGGAUCACUUUAAGGAGGAAAGAAUCCAAAGCCACCGAGCUCGAGCUACAAGAGAAACCACUGUGCAAUCCGCCAGAUUUUGGUUGCCCCAGGCCCAGAAACUUUGAUACAAACCCUGCAAAUGAUGAUCAGGUCCAUUCCUUUGACGAUGCAAAAGCUCUACUGAGGCUCUUGCCUAUAUGGACGAUGCUCCUGAUGUUUGCUGUCAUAUUCCAACAGCCAUCCACCUUCUUCACCAAACAGGGGAUGACAAUGAAGAGGAGAAUCGGAAAGAACUUCAUAAUCCCCCCAGCAACACUGCAGAGUGCCAUAACCAUCUCAAUAAUAUUUCUGAUGCCUCUAUAUGACAAGAUGAUCAUCCCCAUGAUUCGAAUUAUCAGUCGGAAUGACGGAGGGGUCAGCGUGAUGCAAAGGAUGGGAAUUGGGAUGUUCCUCUCAAUCAUAGCCAUGGUCAUAGCGGCGCUUGUCGAAGCAAAGAGGCUUCAGAUUAGCAGAUCGGGGCUUCAAUCAGCUGGAACUGCAGUAGUGCCAUUAAGCAUCUUCUGGUUGCUACCUCAGUACAUUCUUUUGGGCACUUCAGAUGUUUUCACAGUGGUUGGGAUGCAAGAGUUCUUUUACACCCAAGUGCCAAGUAGGUUGAGAACAAUGGGAGUAGGUCUGUAUUUCAGUGUUUUUGGAGUGGGAAGCUUCCUUAGUGCCCUUCUAAUAUCGGUCAUCGAGAAGAUCACAAGUGCGAGAGGAGAGAAUAGCUGGUUCUCAGAUGACAUGAGAGAAGCCCGACUAGACAAGUAUUACUGGCUGCUCGCCUUCUCCAGCACCUUAAGCUUGCUUUUCUUUGUAAGUUUAUGUAAAUACUACGAUGGUAGGAAGUAGGAACGCCCCUCGGCCCUCUGUAAAUGGUAACUACAAAAUGAACUCCUUUAAUUUAAUUUCUUUGUUGAGUUUCAUAUAAUACCAGU